UGUAAAACUGACUAAUGAAAACUAAGAUGACAAACAUCGAUUGACCGACUGCAAAGCUAGAGUACCAGAAUCACUGCUUGAAAACGCAAAAAGAACUAAUGACCCAGCAUGCGGAGCUAGGCUCUCCUGUAACAUGGACAAGUACGAAAAGGUUAAGAAAAUUGGGGAAGGCUCAUUUGGAAAGGCCAUCCUUGUUAAAUCCAAAGAGGGUGGACGCCAGUAUGUCAUCAAGGAGAUUGGCAUAUCUGGAAUGUCAAGCAAAGAAAGGCAGGAAUCUCGGAGAGAGGUUGCUGUUCUUGCCAACAUGAGUCAUCCCAACAUUGUCCAGUAUAAGGAGUCUUUUGAAGAAGGGGGUUGUCUAUUUAUCGUGAUGGACUACUGUGAGGGUGGAGACCUUUUCAAAAAGAUCAACUCGCAGAAAGGAGCACUGUUCCCAGAAAACCAGAUAUUGGACUGGUUUGUGCAGAUUUGCCUGGCACUGAAGCAUGUACAUGAUCGAAAAAUUCUCCACAGGGACAUUAAAUCACAGAACAUAUUUUUGACUAAAGAUGGGACAGUGCAGCUCGGGGACUUUGGUAUUGCAAGGGUCCUAAACAGCACUGUAGAUCUGGCAAGGACAUGCAUAGGAACUCCAUAUUACUUAUCACCUGAGAUAUGUGAAAACAAACCAUACAACAACAAGAGUGAUAUUUGGGCCCUAGGGUGUGUCCUGUAUGAAAUGUGCACUCUUAAGCAUGCAUUUGAAGCGGGCAACAUGAAGAAUUUAGUACUGAAGAUCAUUCGUGGCUCAUACCCUCCUGUGUCUGUUCACUACUCUCAAGAACUUCGGUCUCUCUUGGCACAGCUGUUUAAACGUAACCCUCGAGAGAGGCCCUCAGUCAGCAGUAUACUAGACAAACCAUUCCUAUCCUGUAGGAUAGAGAAGUUUCUCACACCACAGAUCAUUGCUCAGGAAUUCAGUCAUACUUUUCUUCACAAACAGCCUAAAGUGGGUGUGGGGCAAAUGCUGUCAGACUAA